AUGAAUCAAGAAAGCAUACUAGCUUGUUGCGCCGUCUGCAAACAGCUAACUCAUCGUAGGUGUGCUCGAUGUCUCAAAGUUUAUUAUUGUAACACAGAACAUCAGAAACAAGAUUGGCGCCGACAUAAAAGUGAAUGUGCACCGAAAUCGCGAAAACACGAUUCGCAAAACGACAAAGUAAACGAUUCUCCCCAUAUUAAUUCUAAAGAACUAAAGAACAUCUCCGACAAGACUCAAAAGACAGUUAUCUUAGAAGAAAGUGAAAAUAUUAAGACUAAAUCGGUGCCUAGUGAAAGUAGACAUUCGCAAAAGUCAAUUAGAAAAAGUUCCAAUAGCGAGGGUAGUGACUUUAGAGCCGAUGACAUAAACAAAUCUAAAAUAUCAAACGAUACUCUGAAUAGCAAAGAACUAAAAAAUAGUGUUAUAUCUAGUGUUGUGUAUACAAAUAAGGAGGUCUCAAAAGUGAGUGCCAUAACACAUGAGGGUUCUUCGGAACAGGAGAUUUUGAGUGAAAAAGCCCAACAGCUAAACACAGUGGAAUUCACAGGUACUGCAGAUGUGUUAUCUGCUGUGAAAAACAAUGUGAAAAUGCCGGCUUUGCCCGAGGAACACCAGAGUAAGAUUAAAGAGUAUCCCGAGGCAUCUUUAAAAGGUAGCACAGCUCCUUUUAGCAACAUGGUUAACAGUUAUUAUAUGGAUCAGACUGAUCCAUUUUAUGAAAUCUGUCAACGAGUGAUACGGGACAUGACGCAGUAUGGUGUAUGUGUUUUAAAUAAUUUCCUUGGUAAGGAAAGAGGACUCUUAGUGCUACAAGAGGUCUUAGAAAUGUAUAGAUCCGGAAUAUUUACAGCCGGUCAGUUGGUCUCAAACCCUGGGAGUACGGAGGCUCAGACAAUACGAAGUGAUAGGAUAACAUGGAUUGAUGGCAAGGAAAAGCAUUGUUAUCACAUAGGUCAGCUUAUUAGUCAAGUGGACAAUAUAAUACUGAAAGCUAACAAAAUGGCAAAUAACGGAAAGAUGGGAAACUACAUCAUCCACGGGAGAACGAAGGCAAUGGUGGCAUGUUACCCAGGGUCGGGCAGUCAUUACGUGAAGCAUGUGGACAAUCCCAACAAGGACGGGCGGUGCAUCACCGCCAUAUACUACCUGAAUCUCGACUGGGAUGUCAAGCGGUGUGGUGGGUUACUAAGGGUAUUCCCCGAAGGCACGAACCAAGUAGCCGACAUAGCACCAAUCUUCGAUAGAAUGUUGUUUUUCUGGUCGGACAGACGGAACCCGCACGAAGUGCAACCGGCUUAUGCUACGAGAUAUGCAAUCACAUUAUGGUACUUCGAUGCUCAAGAAAGGGAAGAAGCUCUAAGAAAUUAUAAACGCGGUCAGCCAUCUUCGAGCAAGUGA